AAAUAUGUUCAGAUCACAGGCUUUUUUGAUCGCACCAAAUACAGUCUUGGAGCUAAUGAUGGCGGAGGACAAUAUGAUAAUCAUGCUCAUGGUAAACCUGUCGGAGCGCAAUGCAAGGGGUACAACUACUUUGUAAACUUAAUUGAACCCGAUAUCGAGAGAUUCUGCAUUAGAUGCUGCCAAGACAAGGCUGAUUGUAAUACUGGAAGAUCUGGCUAUGGUUGUCUUCGUGUCGUUGAUGGUGAUUAU